CCGGGCGGGCGGGGCGGCGGGCGGGCGGCGCUGUCCGGUGCUGAAGCGGCGGCGGCGCGGAGGGGAGAGGCCGCCAUGGACUGAGCCGCCAGCAUGGGGCCGCCGCUCGCGCUGCCGCUGCUGCUGCUGCUGCUGCCGCCGCUCCCGCCCGCCGCGCCCGCGCCCCUGGCCCGGCCGCUCGCGGGGCUCCGGGGGUGCUCGCUGGAAGACGGCCUCUGCAGAUGGUGGGAGACCUGUGUCCUCGACGGAGCGUUCGGAAGGUGCCAGAAGGUUCCGGUGACAGAUGUCUACCGCUACGAGGUGUCGCCGGUGGCCCAGCAGCGCCCGAGGGCCGCCUUGCGUCGGCUGUCCCGCGCAGGCUUCGCGUGGCAGGAUGGCGACACGCAGCGCGUGCUGGCCCAGGCGCUGGCCCACGUCCCCCGGGCCCAGCUGUGGCGUCCUGAGGCUGCCGCCCAGACCAGGAGCUGGAGGCUGAGAGCCGAGGAUGAGAGGAGGCCCGGCGUGCAGGGGGACCGCGUGCUGGCUACGGCCCUGGAGUACUCGCUGGGCUCCCGGGAGGCUCUGCCGCCGGCCGCGGCCCGGGACCUGCUCCCCAGGACGCAGCGGGGCGGGCGGGUGGCCCAGGGUGAGGGCCCCCCGGCCGACAGCGUGCUGACCUACAUGCCCCAGACGUCCGCUCUGACCUUCGCCCCUGCCCCCCGGACCGGGCACCCCCCGGGCCGCCCUCUGCAGGCCCUCAGCCGGCUCCCGCCGGGCGAGCUCAGCCCCGAGGGGGGCGGCGGGGUGCAGCAGCGGGAUCUGCUCAGGCAGCUGGUCGCCUACUUGGCCAUGGCCCCGCCCUGGCCCCCCGAGGCGGGCCCCCUCGCGCCUGACGCCCUGCGUGUGCCGUGGGGGGGACACGGAAAACGGCUUUCGCCUCCAGAAGAUGCCACCGCGCCCCUGGGCACCGGCGAUGGCACCGGCGCGCGGCAGGGCGCUGCUCAGGGGCACGGAGAGGCCGGUCCUGCGAGCCGCAGCCCCGGGGACGAGCAGGCGGACGGCCCCGCGGCCUGGUCUUCGGAGGAGGCCGCCGCCGGGGUGGAGAACGUGAAGAGCCGGACCUACUCCUCGGAGCUGCCGGGGAGGCCGCGCCCGGAGCCCAGGGCCCGGGGGCUCGGGCAGUCCCCGCGCUGGGUCCCCCGGGCCUCGCAGGAGCAGGAGGACCCUGGCCCCGGCCUGCGGCUGGAGGUCAAGGCCCCCGAGGAGGAGGAGGCCUACGGCUACAUCGUGACGGAGAGCGACCCCCUGAGCCUGGAGAAGGGGAGGCAGCUGCUGGCGGAUGUCGCAGGCCUGCUCCAGGUGCCCACGGGCGUCCUCGCAGACACCGAGGUCCUGGGACCGGCCGUGACCUUCAGAGUGAGCGCCAACGUCCAGAACGUGACGCCUGCAGAUGUGGCCAAGACAGCAGUCAGCAACAAGGACAAACUGGAACGAUCAUCGGGACUGAGGGUUCUUCAAGCCGGAGUGGGGUCGAAGAGCAAGCUCCAGCCCCCACCUCGGCCCGCGGAGCAGGAGGACUCCACCAAGUUCCUGGUGCUCACGCUGCUGUCCAUCGCGGCCAUCCUGGGCGUUCUGCUGGCCUCGGGGGUCAUCUACUGCCUGCGCCACGACUCUCACCGUCGGCUCAGGGAGAAGCUCCGGGGCCUGGCGGGCGACCCGGGCCCCGACGCCACCGCAGCCUACCAGGAGCUGUGUCGCCAGCGCAUGGCCGUGCGCACGUCUGAGCACGCGGAGGCCCCGCACGUGUCGCGCAUCAGCAGCGUGUCCUCGCAGUUCAGCGACGGGCCGAUGCCCAGCCCUCCCGCGCGGAGCAGCACCUCGUCCUGGUCCGAGGAGCCGGCGCUGCCCAACAUGGACAUCUCCACCGGCCACAUGGUCCUGGCCUACAUGGAGGACCACCUGCGGAACAAGAACCGGCUGGAGCAGGAGUGGGAGGCGCUGUGCGCGUACCAGGCGGAGCCCAGCAGCACGCUCGUGGCCCAGCGGGAGGAGAACGCGCCCAAGAACCGCUGCCCGGCGGUGCUGGCCUACGACCACUCCCGGGUCCUGUUGAAGCCGGAAAACAGCCACAGCAACUCGGACUACAUCAACGCCAGCCCCAUCAUGGACCACGACCCCAGGAGCCCCGCAUACAUUGCCACCCAAGGACCGCUGCCUGCCACCGUGGCCGACUUCUGGCAGAUGGUGUGGGAGAGCGGCUGUGCGGUCCUCGUCAUGCUGGCCCCGCUGGCGGAGAACGGCGUCCGGCAGUGCUACCACUACUGGCCCGCCGAGGGCUCCAACCUCUACCACAUCUACGAGGUGAACCUGGUCUCUGAGCACAUCUGGUGUGAGGACUUCCUCGUGAGGAGCUUCUACCUGAAGAACCUGCAGACCAACGAGACGCGCACGGUGACGCAGUUCCACUUCCUGGGCUGGUAUGACCAGGGCGUGCCGGCCUCCACGCGGUCCCUCCUGGACUUCCGCAGAAAAGUAAACAAGUGCUACAAAGGCCGCUCUUGUCCAAUAAUUGUUCACUGCAGCGACGGCGCGGGCAGAAGCGGCACCUACAUCCUGAUCGACAUGGUUCUCAACAAGAUGGCCAAAGGUGCCAAGGAGAUGGACAUGGCAGCCACCCUGGAGCACCUGCGGGACCAGAGGCCGGGCAUGGUCCAGACCAAGGCGCAGUUCGAGUUUGCUCUGACAGCGGUGGCCGAGGAGGUGAACGCCAUCCUCAAGGCCCUUCCCCAGUGAGGCCCGCCCGGCCGCGGCCUGCGGGCACCGCGGUGCCGUCUCCAGUGUAGCUGCUGUAGUAAGGUCCCAGCCCAUAGUCACUAGAGCUUAGCCGCUAAUCACGUGUAUUUUUGUUCAAUUAAAUAAUAAUGAAGAGAGGUUGUGGGAUCGUCCAGCUUGGGGGCUACCUGUCCAUCUACCCUCGCCGUCAUUUCCUUAAAGCUCAUCCUCA